UUUUUGUCCACUUUUUCAAUUUAAUUCAACACAAUAAUGUUGAUUAUCAAAUAAUCAUCAUAAUGGCUACACGAACAUAUUUUGCUUGUGUUGAAAUUCAUCGUAUGAAACCGGAUGGUUCCCAAAUCGAUGAUAAUGCACCGAAAAUUUGUUUCAAAAGAGAUGGACAACGUUUUGAUGAAGAAUUUACAUUAAAAUUGCCAAUAGAAACAAAUUAUGAAUUUUUAAUACAAAUUCGGCCACCAAUGCCAGUACGAUCGGUAACAAUACGUUCUAUAGAAGGUGAUGAAAUUGGCGUAAAAAUUGUCGAUCAAAGCACAUCGGAAGAUGGUGCCAUGUAUUCAUUUCAAUGGCAUACAAAUGAUUGUAAUCCGGAUAAAAAACGUAAACGCUCAAAGCUACAAAUCAACAUUUUAUUCCAAGAUAACAUGAAAUUAGAGAUACCGUUGCAGAUAAAAUUCUAUAAAUCCGAUGAUCGUGACCAUCUACAAUGGGGACAACAAUUGAAACAUAUAAAUUUUGAAUGUGAACAAAAAUCUGGAAUGAAUUGUUCAACAAUAUUGAAGAAAUGUUUUCUUUGAUUCAUUUCUCAUUUUUUCUUUUUCUUCUUCUUCUUCUUCGUUCAAUAUUUCACACUAUAUUGCACUCAAUCAUCAAUGAUCUUGGCUGGCCAAUCAACUUUGAUCAUUCAUAUAAUAUGAUAAUCAACGAAAAAAAAACUUGUACAAAUUUUUUUUUUUUGUUUUGUUUCAUUUAAAGCG